AUGACGAUGAGCCCCUGGUUCGCUCCCCUAUUAACGCCAUCCAAAAAGCAACGAAGAGCCGUGAGAACAAGGAAAAAGACAGGAGACGAAGAAGACGAAGGAGAAGAAGAAGAAGAAGUAGAGAGUAUCAGCAAGGAGGAAGUUAUGUAUGGAAGACAGCAGUCGAGACGAGACGGAGGCAAAGAGGAAGAUCGAUAUCGAGGCGAUGGCGAUGCGAAACAGACUAGGGGUUUGUUUGAGGGUCGCGUUUCUUUGCUUUUAUUUCUUGUGGUUCUAAGCCCUACGGUAGUUGGAUGGGAUGAUACAGAGAGACAGCUUGGUAGUUGA